UUCCUGACUUAUAAAAUGAGACCAAGAAGAGUGAGAUGUUACCAGCAAUGCACUUAGUACUCCAUUCCUGACAGACAGUAAGUGCUCAGUAGACAUGGCAUUCAUCUGGGCCUCUGGUGCGGUAAGAGCCAUGGUCAGCCCUAGAGCUCACUGAGAGCAAAGUCCACCCAGGGCCUCAUGGGACUCCUAUCUCCUGGGCAGAGUAUGGCCCUCUGGCAGUCGGCUUCUUUGGGGAGGGAGGAGCAGUGGGUUUUUGGAAACCACAUUGUGCCCAUCCCUGACCCUCUAGUCUUUCCCCUGCUCCAGCAUCUGGGCACCACAUGGGCUGCUUAUGAAGCACUGCAGAUUUCCAACCCCCAGUCCUCACCAGACCCUGAAAACUGAUCGCUUAGGGUAGGUUUGACAACCACUGUACUCCAUGGCUGGGUGGCAGGGUAUGAUAGAGAUCUGGUUUGGAGUUGGAAGGCUUGGAUUUGAAUCCUGGCUUUUCAUUUGUGUCCUUAGGCUGUGACCUGGAACAAGGUACUUUUCAGAGCCAACCUUUUCUCAUUUCUCAGAUGGGAAUAGCGGUUGCACGAGGAAGCGGUCCUCAUACACAUUGGGCAUGUGGCUAGUGCUGGUGGCUAGUAUUUCAUGUGGCAGUCGCUGAUUACAAAGGUGUUUCUUUGUCCUGCCCUGUCCCCCCUGCCCCGCCUAGAGCUCCUAAGUUCCUCAAAGGCAGGAACCAGUGAGCCGCAGAUCCUGGACCAGACACCUGGUGAUCUGACAACCAGCCCACUGCAGUCUCCAUUGGGCCACAGUGCCUCCAGGCCUGGAUCCCCCCAGUCUUGGUGCAGAAACAGAGGGAACUGAAGAAGCCUUAUGGGACAGUGGUUGUUGUGAAUAAGAGCAUGGAGAUUCAAAAGGGGUGGGAACAGAAUGUGCCUUCAGACAGGAGGUAGGCCUUGAAAGAAGGUAGAUUGUCAGAGUGGAGGCAGCGCUUCCAGGCAGAGGGAACAGCUCUGACAAAGGCUCAGAGUCAGGGAACUUUCCCCCAGGCCACGUGUUCCCUGUAUUUCUAGCUCCUGCAUGGGCUACUGUGCAUUGUAAUUAGUGUGUGUUUCUGUGUCUCUCCUCCAUGAGACUGGGAGCUCCGUGCGGGUAGGGACUGUGCCCCUUCUCCUGUGUCUCCCAGAGCCUGGAGGGCUGCACAGUUGUGUGUGUGUGUGAGGAGGGUGGAGGAGGGGGAGUUGUUUGCUAGGUAGGGUGAGGCCAUGCCCCUGUGAGAGAGCUCCUCUGUGUCUUGGCCUGUCUUGGGCAGAGUCUGGCACUGGGGUUCAGGCACAGACUCCAGAGAGCUCUGCCCUAGACCUGUUGGAGGACCCCUCCUUUCCAAGGGGAGGCAGGGGUUGAAACAGUCUUGUGGUGGUGUGAGUCCCUUAGGCCAUAGAGAAAGUUAUAAGGAGACCUAGGGCCCCACCCGUCCGCCUGAGGUCCUUUCUAGAGGUUUAGCCAUUUAAGGAAUUAAGGGGGUAUUUGCUGUAUCUGUUCUGCCAGCUUUUACCUUAGUCCACUGGGAUUCCCAAAUCCUGUUGGAAGAGAUUUUCCUGGGCUGCCUAUGAUUAUUUGUGGCCCUUGCCUAGGAGGGAGGCAGCCAGUCCCCUUAGUGUGGGCAAAAGCUGAGCCUAGAGGCUUUAUCCUUUCCUGGCUCUGCCCGGGACUCUUUGCUCCCCCCCUCCCCUUUAUUUUAAAACAGACCUGGUUAUCCUGGUCUUCUCAUGGACACCCUGGCUUCCUAUGGGCUUCCUGAGGGUGUUUGCUGGAAGUAGAGGAGAGGGACAAUAAAGGUAGAUGCCUGAAUGAAGCCCCGAGAGUGGCUCAGAAGGCAAAGGAUUCCCCUUUCACACGUAUCCCUUUAAAAGCAUCUCAGUGUUAGCAGUUUUAUGGUCAUGGCUCAGACUGCUGCAGGCUCAAACCCUGGCCAAGCUUUCUGAGCCUGACCAGCUUGAUGGCUGAGACCCCUGGGACCCUGUUGGCCUGGGCUCUGCAUUUCAGAGCUGAAGUUGAGUCCGGAGAAGUGCUGAUCUGGGGACUCUCUGGAUUGAGAAUGGUCAGAACAUAGGGACUGCUUUCUCAGUGGGGAAGCGACACUUGUCAGAGGCAGGUCCUUAUCCCUGUUGCUGGUGUCUCCAUCCUUACUGGUUUGCAGACUCCUUUAUAAGUAGGACUUAUGUGUCCAGUGGUUUAGAGAAAUGGAGCCCUUCAGCCUGGUGUGAACUUCCAGGUAGAGCAGGGCAAACAGUAUUGCAGAUGAUUGCACUGUGUCCAAAGGCCAGGCUUCUGUAGGGCCUGGGCAACUCUAGCUAGCCCAGGAUGGCAGUUCCACGCUACUUGCCUAGACUGGUUAUAGCCACAGGCCCCAGAGUGUCUAAAAGAGAACUUUCCAGGAUAUGAGUGUGGGCUGGAGGGCCAGCUGGGCCAUGCUGGGCUCGUCUAGGAAGGGAGGGUUCCUCAUCCCCUCGCAUCCUAACCAGACACCUUGGUGUCUUAAGCCUAGCCAUGUCAGGGCACAAGGUAAACAGAUCCACAGACGUCUGUCUCUCUGGCUAUGGUUUAGGCAAGGGUGGGAAGCCGUGGGGGAAGAAAAAUUGGACAGGGCAACAGAGGGACUGGCACUUUCCCAAGUUGACCUGCAUGCGAUGCGGGGCAGCAAGUGACAGUCAAGGGGCAAGUAGCUUGUGGGCUGGCAAUUAGAGAAAAAUUUGUGUUCAGCUUAGUUGGAGACGGCCUGAGGCGACUAAUGGGAUGGGGUGGGAUGGGGUUAGGAGGCAGGAACUUUUCACUUCAUCUCAGCAUCAUGGGGAUCUCUGAUGUGCAUCAGGGAGAGAGACUGGAAGUCAGGGCUGGGCAAGAGCCCAGGGUGGACCUGCGGGCCCAUGAGUAGUGCCUCUGCCCCACCAGAGCUCUGACUCACCUUGGGCGCAGUCUUGAAUGAGCAUCCCAAGAAGCAGACACAAGCCAAGUGCCAAGGGACAACAGUCUGCAAACUCCAUGGAGCUUGCAGUCUGCUGGGGACAAAGAAAUAGAAAUAGGCACCUGGAAUUCCGUGUGCUGAGUGUUGGGGGAGGGGGUUGGGAGGUGUUGUGGGCUCAUAGUGAAGCUCCUGGCUCACCCUUGGGGUGAGAGAGGACUUCCCAAGGAAGCAGUGUCUCGGACCUGAAGGGUGAGUAGGACCUGGCCAGAUGAAAGGGUGCAAGGUGUCCUAGGCAGAGGCGCUGCCUGGCUAGAGACCCAGAAGCAAAGCAGGAACAGCACAGAAUGACGGCUCAAGCAUGGCAGGUUGAGAGAGCUGUCAGGAGCCAAAGUCUGCAAGACUCGUGGGCAGGAUAAGGAGUUUAGACUUUGUCCUAAGAUAGCCUGUCUGGUGCUCUGGGAACCGGCUGGCCUAGAGAUUUGGAGCCUUGUUAGAUGCCAUAUUUAGGUCUGUUUUGCCUUGGUUGGGGAUGCGUGAACUCUGACUCCCCAUCUUCCUAGUGUUGAGUUUGUGGUGUGGAAGUGACCCCAGUUGUAAGAGCAGAAGCUAGGAGCUUGAGUAUUAAGGGUCAGCAGGGUCUUCCAGUCAACUCUGAUCCCCGGCUGAGAGCUGAGCCCCAUGCAGCUGCUGGGAACAAGCUAGUCCUGGCCUGUGUAACCUUCACUCACAAUGGUCUUUUCUCUCAGAUGGCAGUACGCAAGAUCUCUAGCUUGGGAGGGGCCCUGGUUCCCUCAGUGGGCAUGUGGCAGGGCUGCCUGAGGGCACUCGGGGAGCUGUUCGUGUUCUAGUUGCCCUCCCUGGAGGGUACAGUGUCACCAUCAGCAUAGAACUCCCAGAGGCCUUUCCAGCACCUUCUCUCAUGUGUCUGCAAAACACAUAUGUGGGUUCAGCAUUGUUUCCUUUUCUUGGUGCACAUUGCUUUCUUCUAUAGAGAGAAAGUGCUUUCCACCACAGACCUUCCUGAAAGCCUCAAAGGUCCCUGGUCAUGGAUGUCAGACGCUUGCCUUGUCUUCUGUCCAGGGAUAUCACUGGGUCUGGUCAGGGAUUGGUUGUACCAGUCCAGUGCCCGGCGGAAAGGAGACUGAAUAGAGUGGGGACAGACAAUCAGACUGGCUCCAGGGUCCUGUGGAACAUCAUGAAGUGGGAAAAGUAGAUGAGCCCGAGAGCCUCUCCACAAAGAGCAAGGAAGAGCCAACAGUUCUUUCGCCCUGUGCCUGACCUCACCCCCCAGCAUUUUCCCCUCCCCUUGCUCUGCCCUCACUGGCUCCUGGAUUAGAGCUGGGCUUCCAGCAGAACAUCCCCACAGGGGAUGGGCAGCUGGUGAAGUAGGGCUCACUGCCAGGGCCCAGUUGGCCACACCAUGAACCUCCAGGCCCAGCCCAAGGCUCAGAACAAGCGGAAGCGUUGCCUCUUUGGGGACCAGGAACCAGCUCCCAAGGAGCAGCCCCCACCCCUGCAGGCCCCACAGCAGCCCCCAGCCCCUCCACAAUCCACCAGAGUGAAGGAGGAGCCUUACUUUGGGCACGAGGGUCUGGCAGGGGCCGCCCCCGUCUCCCAGCCGGUGGAGCUGCCCCCUCCGAACAGUCUGGCCCUGCUGAACUCUGUGGUGUAUGGUUCCGAGCGAACCACGGCAGCCAUGUUGUCCCAGCAGGUGGGCUCAGUCAAGUGGCCCAACUCUGUGAUCGCUCCAGGGCGGGGCCCUGAGCGUGGAGGUGGGGGUGUCAGUGACAGUGGCUGGCAGCAGCAGCCGGGCCAGCCUCCACCCCACUCAACAUGGAACCGCCACAGCCUGCCCCUCUACAGCGGACCCAAGGGGAGCCCUCACCCUGGCAUGGGGGUCUCUGCCUACUACAACCACCCCGAGGCACUGAAGCGGGAGAAAGGAGGUGGGCCGCAGCUGGACCGCUACGGAAAUGCAGUGCGGCCAAUGAUGCCACAGAAGGUGCAGCUGGAGGUGGGGCGGCCCCAGACGCCCCUGAACUCUUUCCAUGUGGCCAAGAAGCCCCCAAACCAGACACUGCCCCUGCAGCCCUUCCAGCUGGCCUUUGGCCACCAGGUGAACCGGCAGGUCUUCCGGCAGGGCCCACCGCCCCCCAACCCUGUGGCAGCUUUCCCACCGCAGAAGCAGCCACAGCAGCCGCCGCAGCAGCAACAGGCCGCCCUUCCCCAGAUGCAGCUGUUUGAGAACUUCUAUCCCAUGCAGCAGCCGCCCUCGCAGCAGCCCCAGGACUUCGGCCUGCAGCCGGCCGGACCCCUGGGGCAGUCCCACCUGGCUCACCACAGCAUGGCGCCCUACCCCUUCCCCCCCAACCCUGAUAUGAACCCAGAACUGCGCAAGGCCCUCCUGCAGGAGUCAGCCCCACAGCCUGUGCUACCUCAGUCCCAGAUUGCCUUCCCCCGCCGCUCCCGCCGCCUCUCGAAGGAGGGCGUCCUGCCUUCUGCCCCUCUGGAUGUGGCUGGCACCCAGCCUGGACAGGAACCCACCAGCAAUCUGUUCCUACAUCACUGGCCCCCACAGCAGCCACCCCCCGGCCCCUUGGGGCACCCCCAUUCUGAAGCUCUGGGAUUCCCACUGGAGCUGAGGGAGUCACAGUUGCUGUCUGAUGGGGAGAGACUGGCACCCAACGGUCGGGAGCGGGAGGCUCCCACGAUGGGCAACGAGGAGGGCAUGCGGGCAGUGGGCACAGGGGACUGUGGGCAGGUGCUAAGGGGUGGAGUGAUCCAGAGCACUCGACGGAGGCGCCGGGCAUCCCAGGAGGCCAAUUUGCUGACUCUGGCCCAGAAGGCAGUGGAGUUGGCCUCACUGCAGAAUGCAAAGGAUGCUAAUGGCUCUGAGGAGAAGCGGAAAAGUGUGUUGGCUUCAACUACCAAGUGUGGGGUGGAAUUUUCGGAGCCUUCCUUAGCUGCCAAGCGAGCGCGAGAGGACAGUGGGAUGGUGCCCCUCAUCAUCCCCGUGUCUGUGCCUGUGCGGGCUGUGGACCCAGCUGAGGCAGCCCAAGCUGGAGGUGUUGAUGAGGAUGGAAAGGGUCCUGAACAGAACCCCACUGAGCACAAGCCCUCAGUCAUCGUCACCCGCAGGCGGUCCACCCGUAUUCCUGGGGCUGAGGCCCCAGCUCAGGCUGAGGACAUGAAUGUCAAGUUGGAAGGGGAACCUUCAGUGCGGAAACCAAAGCAGCGGCCUCGGCCUGAGCCCCUGAUCAUUCCCACCAAGGCGGGCACUUUCAUUGCCCCUCCCGUCUACUCCAACAUCACCCCAUACCAGAGUCACCUGCGCUCUCCUGUCCGCCUGGCUGACCAUCCCUCUGAGAGGAGUUUUGAGCUGCCCCCCUACACCCCUCCCCCCAUCCUCAGCCCUGUGCGAGAAGGCUCCGGCCUCUAUUUCAAUGCCAUCAUGUCAACCAGCAGCAUCCCAGCCCCUCCUCCCAUCACGCCAAAGAGUGCCCAUCGCACCCUGCUCCGGUCUAAUAGUGCUGAAGUCACCCCACCUGUCCUCUCUGUGAUGGGGGAGGCCACCCCAGUGAGCAUCGAGCCACGGAUCAACGUGGGCUCCCGGUUCCAAGCAGAAAUCCCCUCCAUACGGGAUCGUGCUCUGGCAGCUGCAGACCCCCACAAGGCCGACUUGGUGUGGCAGCCGUGGGAGGACCUAGAGAGCAGUCGGGAGAAGCAGAGGCAAGUGGAAGACCUGUUGACGGCUGCCUGCUCCAGUAUUUUCCCUGGAGCUGGCACCAACCAGGAGCUGGCCCUGCACUGUCUGCAUGAGUCCAGGGGAGACAUCCUGGAAACGCUGAAUAAGCUGCUACUGAAGAAGCCCCUGCGGCCUCAUAACCACCCACUGGCAACUUAUCACUACACAGGCUCUGACCAGUGGAAGAUGGCUGAGAGGAAGCUGUUCAACAAGGGCAUUGCCAUCUAUAAGAAGGAUUUCUUCCUGGUGCAGCAGCUGAUCCAGACCAAGACCGUGGCCCAGUGCGUGGAGUUCUACUACACCUACAAGAAGCAGGUGAAAAUUGGCCGCAAUGGGACGCUAACCUUCGGGGAUGUGGAUACAAGCGACGAGAAGUCGGCCCAGGAAGAGGUUGAAGUGGAUAUUAAGACUUCCCAGAAGUUCCCAAGGAUGCCUCUUCCCAGAAGAGAGUCUCCAAGUGAAGAGAGGCUGGAGCCCAAGAGAGAAGUAAAGGAAACCAGGAAGGAGGGGGAGGAGGAGGUGCCAGAGAUCCAGGAGAAGGGAGAGCAGGAAGAGGGGCGAGAGCGAAGCCGGAGGGCAGCGGCUGUCAAAGCCACACAGACACUACAGGCCAAUGAGUCGGCUAAUGACAUCCUCAUCCUCCGAAGCCACGAGUCUAAUGCCCCUGGGUCUGCUGGUGGCCAAGUGUCAGAGAAACCACGGGAGGGGGCAGGGAAGUCACGGAGGGCACUACCUUUCUCGGAGAAGAAGAAGAAACCAGAGACAUUUAAUAAGACCCAAAAUCAGGAGAACACUUUCCCUUGUAAAAAGUGUGGCAGGGUAUUUUACAAGGUGAAGAGCCGCAGCGCCCACAUGAAGAGCCACGCAGAACAGGAGAAGAAGGCCGCCGCCCUGAGGCAGAAGGAGAAGGAGGCCGCGGCCGCUGCGGCCACCGCGGCUGCCGCCUCUCCCCACCAGCCGGCGCUUCGAGAGGAGAGCGGCGCGGGGGAGAGGGGCUGAUGCCCAGGGGGCUCAGGGGCCCGCCCCUCGCCCCGGACUCCCGGCCCUCCCUGCACCAGCCUGCCCAAGCUCCUGUGAGCACCCUGGAACCUCCAGACGGAGAGAGGAGAGAUCGCGCGGGCUUUUCUCCGAAGAACAAGACAGUAAAAUCAACGGCUUUUAUUUAUAAAGGCCCCGGGAGCAGCCUCCAGGGCUGCAGGAUCCGGUUCUCUUCGCCUUCGGUCUGCCGGAAGUUGUCCUUGCGCGGGAUCCUUGAACCGCACUGCUGAGGCCCCCGCGGGCUGCGGCUGCCCUGGGGAGGGGCUCCAGCGCCACCGCUGCUGCCUCCACGCUGGGACCUCUGCUGCUGCGCAGCCUCUUCCGGCCCUCCUGGUCCCCCCAUGCACCCCUCAGUCACCACGGAGAGCCAAGCACAAGCUCACCCUCCUUGCAGCAUUAUUUCCCCUGCCCAGAGGACCUCAGAGGCUGCAUAGGCCCUGCCCCAAGCCCCGGAAGGAGGGACUCCCCUGGAGGGAGUGUGGUGGCCGCCUCUGAGAGCAAGCUCAGCCUGGUACCUGUGCUGUCCCCAAACGACAAUGUCCAGGCCUAAGCUGCUCCGGUGACCCUGUCUUCAGGUCACCUCCUCUGGGAAGAAAGCUACCAGGAUGCCUAUAGGGCAGAGGAUAGGUACCUGUCCCUUUGCUGCUUGCUAGCAGUCUGUUGGGGCUGUAAAGUUUUCUCAAAUAUUUGGGGAAAGGGCCAAUUUUGGUCUCAGGCUCUCAGUCUGCUGGAAGGAAGGGAACUGUGGAAGUUGUAGGGUUGGGCAGGAGGGAACUUUUGAUAAGCCUUGGCUCUUCCUGCUUCCCACCUUUUUGCCAAACACUUUUGGGCCCUGAAGGCUGCUAAGGGGGCUGAUCCCGGCCGGCCUGUUCCUUCUUGGUGUAGGUUCCGUGCCUGCCUCUGUUUUGCCCUUGGCAGCUGCUCCCUCACCCCAUCCUACCUGGUCUAGUGCAGAUAUCCACCGCCCAGCCCCCAGUCCUACAUGCUGGAGACUUCUGGAUCCUUCCCUGGGAGGGGGAGGUCUCCUAACCAGAUUGGACAGGAGCCUUCAUUCCUCGACUUGUGUCAUUUGGGAGCUAUUUAUUUAUUCUUAAUAUUUAAUUUUUAACAUCCUCUCAGGGACCAGGGGCCUCCUGCUUUCCAGAGGCCCAAGUGCAUUUAUCCCAAAACAAGGCACCUUCUUGGCAUCUGCCCCCCCCACCCCUUCCCAAAACCCUAAGGUCCCUCACCUCAUUGCUCUGGAAGCUCUUGCUAGUAGGAGUGAUAGUAGCACUGAAAGAGGGUGGAAAGGUGGAAGGAGUCGCCAAAGCCACACAGAGACUAGCAGGAGCGGGGGAGUCAAAGGCAGUUCUUAUUGCUACCUCUUCUCUGGCUGUAUUUUCAGUUGCCUGAGGGGAUGGGCUAGAAGCCAGAAUUCUAGUUUUGUUUCUAGCUUGAAGAAGCCAUAUUUGGCAUGGAGUCACUGAAGUGAAGGGCUGGAAGGUUCUAGAGGCCUCACUUGCCAGUUCCAUAGAGGGCUGAGUUGUUUUUCUGCUCUUGUUACUCAACCUUAGUUGUGUAAAACGUUCUAAGUGAAUGCAAAUAUAUGGCAGGUCAGCAUGUUAGGAAGGAGCCAAAAAUUCUGCUACUCUCCUUACAAGAUAGCUUAAAGGUGCCAUGUUGGUAGCCAGGAAUGGGGAGGGAGUUUUGUUUCUAAACUAUGCACUAACUGGUGUUUUUCAGCAUUCAUUUAUGCAUUAAUAUGGUUCUUCAGGACUCCAGCUAUGGGAGUAACAACAUCUUUCUCCCUGCCAGAGUCCAGGACUGCUACCUAGAUCUUCAGCUUCCCAGUUCGUUUCCUCCAAAGCCUUCUACAAGCUCAAUGUCCCAAGAUUGCAAAAAUCUGGUAUACCCUCCAGAUACAGGAGGGUAGCAAAUUUAGGCUGUCUUCUAAAUCACUUGUGUAAUAAGAGUGCCUUUGCAGCUUUGCCCCAAAGUGCUACUUACGUUUCCCAAGGUUUUUUCUAUUUAAAUAUUAUUUGGUUUCAGGCCCCUCUAUGGACAAAUGGUAACAAGAACCUCCUUUGUUUAGAGUGAUUCUGUUCUAAGCUCACAGAAAUCAGACUGGGUGAAAUGUGGAUGGAGAAAAUCAAGGCAGUACCUGGGUUUUAAUUCUACCAGACACUGUAUUUUAGAAGCGCUCAUGCUCCAGGAUGGGUUUACAUCUAGAAUACAAGGUGAAAGUUAAAAUGUCAGAUGGAGUUGUUCCAGGUGACCUGCCAGUAGCAUCGGUGCAGCCAUAGGAGCUGGGAUCGGUAUAUUCUUUAUGGUGCUUUCUCCCCGUGAACACGUUAGGCUCGUCUUUCGUUUUUGCUUUUCUCCUUUUUUCUUCUAUUCAGAGCUGUUUGCUUUAAGAAGUUAAAUGACAAACACCUCCAGCUUUAUCAAUGCCUUCCCCACACCAUCUCACAUCUCCAUCUUCCAGUCUCCAUUUACACUUCGCUAAGGGCAUGAAAUUAACCUAGUGCCUGUGUUCCAGACCGUUUCCGAGGUCUCUUACCCACCCACGGAGACCGUGCUUCAGUGCACUGGCCUCCAUGCCUUCAGCAGUCCCCCGUCACCGCUAAGGUACACCCUCAUCCCUUCUGCCUCCCCACCCCUACCCCUGGCACAGAGGUCUUGUGCUGCUUAUGUCUAAAAGAAAUCCCCUAUAUUUAACUGCCUCAGUGACCUAACCUCUUUCUUCUCAUGUGCCAGAUGUUAAGAUGAAGGAGGAAUACAACACAUACUCAGGCCUCAGCUGUUUAAGUUUACUUUCUCUGGGGCUCUCUUUUUUCGAAUGGUAUUUAUUACCAGACUAGCAAGCGUAACUCCUUAGGUUUACAGGAAGUAUGCAUAUUUUUAUAAAUCAAUUGUAUGUCCUCCCCAUAUUUUGCUGUGUUAAUAUUUGCCUCUAACAAUUUGCAGCUGUUUCACCUUUUCCUUGUUUGUCUCUAAGUUGAAGGCCUUGUUUGGAGGGGACAGCACAGGAACAGCCUUGACAGUCUGUAAUUAUUGUACAAAUAUUUUAGUUGCAUAUAAAUAAGUAUAUUCCUUUUAUUUUGGAAAAAAAAUAACAUGAUCAGACACUGCCUUUUGUGUGUUUGCUGCCUGUGGCACCUUUUUUUAAAAAGACUGUUACAUAUUAAAAUAGUGUGUACAUAUAUAUAAAUAUUACCUCUUUUGCUGUACAGUUGUGAUAGACCAGACUGAAGAUUUUAUUUUUUGUGUGCUUUUUAUAAAAAAAAAAAAUAACACACUAAAGUAAAUCUUGCGGAUGUGAUUGUAAUGUACCUAUGUAACUUAUUUACUUUUGAAUGUUCUUCUGUAUCUUUAAACCUUUUAUUAAAUAAGGUUUUAAAAAUUCA